AUGGCGACUCGUGGACCUCCCGGCGCGCGCGGCAUGAACAACCGCUUUGCUCAGUUCAAGCUGGUGUUGCUAGGUGAAUCUGCCGUGGGAAAGAGCUCCAUCGUGCUGCGAUUCGUCAAGACCAUCUCGCUCGACGAGAACACGACAGUCAAGUUCGAAAUUUGGGACACGGCGGGCCAGGAGCGGUACAAGUCACUUGCGCCCAUGUACUACAGGAAUGCCAACUGCGCAGUUGUAGUCUAUGACAUCACCCAAGCCACAUCACUCGACAAGGCGAAGUCGUGGGUCAAGGAGCUACAGAGGCAGGCCAACGAGAACAUCAUCAUCGCACUUGCCGGGAACAAGCUGGAUUUGGUGACGGAGCAGCCCGACAAGCGAGCAAUCGAGACGGCCGACGCCGAAGCCUACGCAAAGGAGGCCGGUCUUCUCUUCUUCGAAACGUCGGCAAAGACAGCCGAGAAUGUGCAGGAGCUUUUUACCGCCAUCGCCAAGAAAUUGCCGCUUGACCAGGUCGGACCGAGGCACGCCCGGCCAGGUCAGCGACCCGGCGUCAGCCUAGCCCCCGAGGGGGCAAACACGCAAGCUGGGGGGCCAUGCGCUUGCUGA